UCCAAGAUGGCGGCUACGAUGGGGUCCCUCGUUUCUUAUGGGAGCGAUUCUGAUUCAGAUAAUGAAACACAAUCUAAUCGUAGUCCCGAAAAAAUUGACCCUGAUGCUCUAGCACACCUUCAACCGUUAAAAUCGGGUCAGACGCUGUCUUUGGCUCUGCUCAAUUCAGCCCCUGAGGUCGCCGUAAAGGAGGCUGUGGAGACUGGUGUGCAUCUUGACCCGUCCCUCAAAGAGGUCACCUACAACCCCACAUACGAAACCAUGUUUGCACCAGAGUUUGGUCCUGUCAACCCCUACAGAAGUCAACAGAUGGCUGCUCCCAGGAAUAUGCUGUCCGGCUAUGCAGAGCCUGCUCACGUCAAUGACUUUAUGUUCGAACAGCAGAGGAGAACCUUUUCUACCUUUGGCUAUGCUCUGGAUCCCUCAGUUGACACAAGCCAGAUCUCCUCCAACAGCUACAUUGGAGCAGUGGACGAGGCUGAGAAAAAGAAAGGAUUGACUGUGUUUGAGGUUGGCCCAAAGAAGACGGACAAGAGGAAAAAGGUGCAAGGAGGCGAAGCUGACGACAUUGACAAUUACCUCGGGCCCUGGGCGAAAUACGUGGACGAAAAGGAUAGUGCCAAGCCGUCAGAGGAGGAACAGAAAGAGCUGGAUGAGAUCACGGCCAAGAGGCAGAAGAAGGGGAGGAACGAGGAAGAGGCUCCGGCGGAGGAGAAGACCAUUCUCCAUGUCAAAGACGCGUAUGACUACCAGGGCAGGUCGUACCUGCACGUGCCCCAGGACGUGGGCAUCAACCUGCGUACCGCAGACACACCUGACAAGUGUUACCUGCCUAAGAAGCAGAUCCAUGUCUGGUCGGGACACACCAAGGGUGUCAGCGCUAUUCGUCUGUUUCCUGUCUCAGGUCACCUGUUGCUCUCCUGUUCCAUGGACUGUAAGAUCAAGUUGUGGGAGGUGUAUAAUGAGAGGAGGUGCGUGAGGACUUUUAUUGGCCACAGCAAAGCGGUGCGGGAUAUCUGCUUCAACAACACAGGGACUCAGUACAUGAGUGCAGCCUACGACCGCUACCUCAAACUCUGGGACACAGAGACAGGCCAGUGCAUCUCCCGCUUCACUAACAGAAAGGUGCCAUACUGCGUGAAGUUCAACCCUGACGAGGACAAGCAGAACCUUUUCGUGGCCGGCAUGUCUGAUAAGAAGAUUGUCCAGUGGGAUGUGAGGACUGGAGAGGUUGUUCAGGAGUAUGAUCGUCACCUGGGAGCAGUCAACACCAUCACGUUCGUGGAUGAGAACCGCCGCUUCGUCAGCACGUCAGACGACAAGUCCCUUCGCGUCUGGGAGUGGGACAUUCCCGUGGACUUCAAAUACAUUGCUGAACCCAGUAUGCACUCCAUGCCAGCUGUAACGCUCUCCCCCAACGGUAAGUGGCUGGCCUGCCAGUCCAUGGAUAAUCAGAUCCUGAUCUUUGGUGCCCAGAACCGUUUCCGUCUGAACAAGAAGAAGAUCUUCAAGGGCCACAUGGUGGCUGGCUAUGCAUGCCAGGUGGACUUCUCUCCAGACAUGAGCUACGUGGUGUCAGGCGAUGCGGAUGGGAAGCUGAAUAUCUGGGACUGGAAGACGACCAAGCUGUACCACCGGAUCAAGGCCCACGAUAAGGUGUGCAUCAGCGCCCUUUGGCACCCCCACGAGACCUCCAAGGUCAUUACCUGCGGAUGGGACGGACAGAUCAAACUCUGGGACUAGAGACGGGGGGGACGCAGAUGGACUCCCUGUAGUUUGGGGCUAGGGGGUCUUUUUGUGUCAUGUAUUUUCAAUAUUAUAAUGGCAUGCCAAAGGGCUGGUAUCCAGUCCAGUUUUUUCAUCAGGGGUUAUAUUUUGAUCUAAAUAGACACUGGUGGAUUGACUUAACAAGGAUGUCAACACAGAUGUAUACAUGGAGAUAAACAUUCACACUUGCCAAACA